AUGAGUUCCGAGUAUCAUGUUGGAGGCAACGGGCUAGUAAAUGGCAAAAGCAGAUAUGCUAAUAUUGAAUAUAUAAUAACUGCUGAGUUUCAUAUUGAUAAAGGACCAUCUUUAAUUCAUCAAUACCCCAAAGAGAUUAGUGGGAUAUCAGAAUUGGCAUUUUUACCAGAGUUGAUGAUUCCAGAUCAAAUACAUAAGAGAGAAGAAGAUUAUACGUUGUUUUUACUUUAUAGAAACCAAACCACAGGAGAAUUACAGUAUUUAUAUGAUAAAACUUGUGAAAAGGAACCAUAUUAUUUGUAUACAAUUGUUAAUAAUUUGAAAGAUAAUAAUUUUAAAAGAGGAUCCAUUAUUAAAUCAUUGAGUAUAAUAACCAAAUUAUCAUUUUUCAAGAAUUUCAAACCAUUAUUAUUGAUCUGCUUAGAUAAAUAUUUCAAUAAUAAUAAGAUUGAAAUAUUAGCAGAGUUAUUUGAAUCAAUUAAUACUAAAAAUUUCGAUGUUAAUUCAAUAACCAGUCAAGCAUCAAUUAUUAAGAAGUUAUUAAUUACAUCAAUAUUAGAUUUACCGAUAAAUGAUAAGAUUUAUUAUGAUGAAAAUUUUAGAAACAAAUUAUUAGGAAUUAAAACUAGUAAUGAAGAUUUAUUUAUUAGAAAAGAUUUAAGUUUCAAUUCAAUUAUUCAAUUCAAUAAUAUGAAUAUACCAAUAAAGAUUCCAAUGAUUAUAUUACCGGAUACAAUUGGAGAUUAUUUAAAUCCAACUGAUUUAAAUUUUAAACCAAAUUUAAUCAAUAUUUUAAAUGCAAAAUUAUCUUCACAAAUCUUUAAUAAUGAAUUGACUAUUUAUGGAUUACAAACUCCACCAAUAAUUAUAUUAAUAAAUGCUAUAUUAACGGGUAAAAAAAUCAUUUUUUUAAGUUAUGAAAGUAGUAGUGGAACAAUUAUCGAUCAUUUAUUAUUAACAUUGAAAAUUAUUAGUGGAGGUGGGAUAUUAAGUGGACUUUUAACAAAUUAUAAUGUGUUCCCAAUGAUCGAUGUUUCCAAGAUUGAUUUAUUAGAAAAAUGUGAUUCAUUUAUUGCUGGUACUAUUAAUCCAUUUUUCAAAAAUAAUGAUAAAUUAUGGGAUUUAUUAUAUGAUUUAGAUUCAAAUGAAUUUUUCAUUAGUUCACAAAUUAAUGAGGUAAAUUCAAAUAUGAUUUUUAAAAAUUCAAUUAUUUCAGAAGAUGCAAAAUUUUUAUCAAAUUUACAAUUAUCAUUAUUUAAUUAUAAUGAUGAUUUAACUACUAUACAAUUAAUUUUUAGAAGACAUAUUAACGAAAUCAUUAGAAUAUUACUCAGUUCUAAAAAUUUUAAUAAUAAUCCAUUAACACAAGAUCAACCUCAAUUACAAUUAUUAUUAGAUGGAAUUGGAUAUUAUUGGAAUAGUGAUACCAAUAAAUUAUUAGAAAUAUCAUGCUAUCAAUUAAUAUCAAAAAAGUUUCAAGAUUUAUUAUACGAUGGUAAAUUUAAUUAUAGUUUAUCAUUACCAAAUUUAUCAAAUGAAUUAAACUUAAUGAUUGAUUUACAAUAUCAUUUACAAAAAUUAAAUAAUGUCAAUACUAAAAUUGAUGAACGAGAAAUUUGGUUCAACAUUCUAAAAUAUUUAAUUAGUGGUAAAUCUUUAGAAAUUUUCUUAUUAAUAACUUAUCUUAUCCCACCAAAUUCCUCAACAAGUUUACAAAGUUCUUCCAUUCACGGGGGUAAUUUAACUAUUUUUGAUAAAAAUAAAGGUAUUGAAUUAUUGUUACUUAACCUAUUUAAUAGUGAUGAUCAAAUAAAAUCAAAUAUUAUCAUGAUUCUACAAGAAUUACAAGAUAAUUUCUUAUGUGGUUGGUGUUUGAACAACUUUAUCAAAUCAAAUUUAAUUUACGAAAUCGCUUUCGAUGAUUUACUUAAAAAUUAA